GAAAAAUACUUGCUUGGUGAUAAGGAAUUCAAGGAUCUUCAGAAAAGGAUAAACGAGUUGACGGCACCAUCUGGUAUUUGUCGAAUUCCAUCCAAAAUAGCAUCAAGCUUCAAAGGUUUUACUAUUGACCAGUUCAAAAACUGGGCUCUGGUAUGUUUGCUCUAAGAGACAUCCUCCCAGACAGACGUUUGCAGUGUUGGAAGUUGUUUGUGAAAGCCUCCAGAAUAUUU